AUGAAAACGACUCGUCCCAAUCUCCAUAUCAAUUUGCACAACUCGCCCAACCCGCAAUCGUGCGGGGGAGCCGCUCUGGGCCGCACUCUGUCCAACACGUCGCAAUCUUCGCUUCCGUCGACCCCCAUGGACCAGACCAUCCACACUCCCCAUGGAUAUCUGUCUAGAAACAACAGUAUCACGUCGUCAGUAGCCACGUCGGAAGACGAGGACGGAUACAUGAGUGAUCUCAACUCGAACCCGCUGACGUCGAUUUCUAACCAGUUUUGGCCCGAACACGACGACGCGUUCCUCAUGCACAUUUACUACAAGGUGGUGGACAACCCGACCAUUGCGCCAUUCGUGGGACACACCCCGCCCUCGGGAAUCAUCCACAGAGUCGCCAAAGACUGCGCCAAGCGCGCCAAAGCCGAGUCCCGUGACUUCCCCCACUCGAUGGUGGCGAUCCGGCGGCGACUGCUGGUGCUGACCCAGCGUGGCGGUGGAAAUACCGUUGGACUGGGUCAGACGCCCGUCAAGGAGUCCAACAGCAAUUUCGAGGGUGCUGGCACGCUGUUAUUUGGCAGUCACGUGAGCUCGGGUGAUCACGUGAACGAGAACGUUGAUGGCAGCAGUUCUGGACAUGUUGAUUUCAACUCGGACUGGCUUCAGGAUGACGAUGCCAUGGACACCUCGAUCGACUCGAACACUCCUCUGACUCCGCCCACUCUUUCGCGGCCCACUCGAAUCACGCUGAGUCAUCAGUCGCCGGUGUUUUCCAUGGAUUCGGUGCCUCUUCAGAGCCCGUUUCAGGAGGGCUUCAACUUUAGCGGCAGCAAGCGGCUCGCCGAAAGUCCCAUGAUGGGCGAUGGGCAUGACAAGGACCCCAAGGAGGAGGAUGUGGAGGGUCUUCCGACUAAUAUUACUAGUCAGCGAAAGCGAGAUAGUUUGAGGUUUAAGCGAGGGCAGCAGAAGAAGUAA